AUGUCGGUUGCUGCCGGGACGCGGCGUUCACUCCUGCACGAUGUGCUGUCUCACGCAGAGGUCGUGGAGCUUGGCUUGGAUGGCUCCAUUGACGAUCUGCCUCCCCUCACCACGCGUUUGACCCCUUCGUCUGCUCGCGCUGUAGCAGUCUUCUCUUGGUGCUAUUUUCUGUGCUUCUGGUCCGAAGUUGCUGCUUUGGCACGCCAUGUAGCGCUCUCGGACUCCCAGACGCUCCUGCCAGGUCCCCGUCAUUUUAUCUUUGUAGCGCUAUGUACGGGGUUCCUAGUGGCUGCUGAGUUCGGAAUGUAUUGCUACCUGAAGACAUCAAACACCGUACCAGAUGGCGGGGGCGCUGGAGUCAAUCAGUUUAACCCCAGCGUGACUUGCGCCGUGGCGCACUUUGCACUGUCUGCAGCAGCGCGUAUGUGUCUUUUCCUGGAGCUGCUAUUCCUGCUUCACGCCUUCGUUCUCCCCACCCCAAUGCUGCUAUGCGCAUCGUUUACCGUGUGCCUGACAGCUGGAGUUGUUCCGUUUCUCCUUCAACUCCGCCUGCUCGUGGGGUGCCUGUGCGGCGAUGCAUUCGACCCUCUGCAGUGGUCCACCUGCAUUCCUCUUUCUUCUCUCGGAGCUGUUCUCAGCCGCACUUUGCGCCUUUGCAGUGCUGUGGCCUUUAAAGGCCUUCAUGGGAUGCUACAGGUGGCAAGGAGGGCUAGAUGCCGAGUCGUUUCCGUCGUAGGGCGCUGUGGAGGGAGAGUUGUGCCUCGCCAGGUCACUGCAGCCUCUAGCAGACGUCCAGAUCUGUCAUGCUGCGCACCCGGCAGCGACAGCAGCGCGUGUGAAGACUUCGACAGUCGUGAGCCUGGGGCGCCUGCAGGGUCAGGCAGGGACGAGGAGGAGGCAACGCACAAAGAGCUUCCCACCGGCGCUGGCACCAGCCGCCUUGGGGCUUGGGAGCCAGCGCUUGCCUCGGGUGAGUCUGGACGCGAUGAACUGAAUAGAGCGAACGCGAGCUUGCCAUCUUCGUCAUGCACCGUCUCGAUGAGAAUGGAAUGGCCAAACGGGCCAGCUGAAGAGAGCCAGGGCGCUGCAGCACGAGCUGCACUGCUUGACAGAUGCAGCGCAGAAGAUCCUUCUAGAGGAGGCCACACAGCCUCCACACGAGAACCUUCCGUAGAGCGUCAGAGGCCACCAGUGCAUUCGGAAACAAGAAACAGGGACAGCUCCCGGAUGUUCGUGUCUCCGCCCGACGCCCUGAGGCUGGCAAACUGCUUGCUUUUUCUCGGCGUUCCGGCCCUUACUCUUCAAUUUAAGGUAAAUUUCUUGCCUCUGGAGCAGCUAGAGGCCCACGAGUUUUUGACUUCAAUGGUUUCGCUCGUGUAA